CAAAAAAAUUAUAUAUGAGUACUUUCUUCAGUUACUGGAAAUGAAUAAAAUUUUCUCCUGAAAUCAGAUUAAAGUAAUGUUUAAGAAAGAUAAAUCAAAGAAUAAGUGAUAAUUGUGUUAUUAAAAAGGAAAAAUGGCUACUCUAGGAGGCUCCUCAUGGGAAGAGCUUCGUAAACAAGCUCGGACACUAGAAAAUGACAUAGACAUGAAGCUAGUGGCGUUUAGCAAGCUGGGCAUCAGUCCGGUGACCUCAAGUCUGAGCUCUGAGUCGAUGCCACUAAUAAACAGUGAGGACAUGUUUGACACCAUGUCUAUGGAGCUGCAACAGUUGUUGAAUAAGCUAUCAUCAAUAAACGACAAAAUGGGUGAAAUAGCCCCAAAUAGCACGGCGACAAUGCACACUAUCAAGAGGCAUAGGGAAAUCCUUAUGGACUACCAGCAAGAGUUCUCCAAAACCUCAGCGCGAGUGAGCGCGAGGCGAGAACGUGAAGAAUUACUGCGAGGCUCGAAAUUACUGCGAGGCUCGAGUCCGCCUCCCGCCGCCGGCUUCAGCCGCCGCGACCAGUACACCAAGGAGGCCAACCAUCUGCACAGUUCUCACAUACUAGUUGACGAGCAGAUCAACAUAGCCAUGGAGGCGCGGGAGCACCUCACCUCGCAGCGGCAGACCUUCAAGAGGAUGCAGACCAGGUUCAACGACAUCACCAACAGGUUCCCAAUGCUGAACAGCCUAAUGUACCGGAUAAACGCACGGAAGCGGCGCGACUCUCUCAUAGUAGGCAUCGUGGUAGCGGUCUGCACAUUCUUGAUGCUUCUCUACGCGUUCCACUGAUUCCACUGUCUACAGGCGAAGUGUUAUUUAGGGCCACGCUACACUAGCGUCUUGAGUGUCGGCGUCUAGCCAACUCUAUGGCUCUUAAGAGAGACAAUACUAUGGUCUGUAUCUUUAGGUUAUUUAAAAAAGAGUAAACAAAAUAUAUCAAAUGGCUUAAGAAGGCAUUUGAGGGUAGACGAAAACAUUACAUGAUCAAAUAAUGUAGGUUAAAGCACAGAAUAAAGAAUAGUACUAGGUACAGAAGGUUCACUCUCUAAAAAAACGCGUCUGUUACGAUUAGGACAGAUAUGACCGCUAGGUGGCGACAGCGCCAUGCGCGGCUUAUGGCUAGCCAUCAAAAUUGGUGUGGGACGGAUGUACUUGUAGCUACCUGUUGAAGCGACGAAAUCGCGGAGAGAGCCACGCCUGGUUAAAGUCAGGUCGUUCAGUGACAGAUCCAGGUGGUUUUGUAUUUGGUUGGUUAAUCAAUAAAUGUUUAUGAGUACCGGAAAAUGUACCAAUUAUUUGUUUACUUUUAUUUAAGUACCUAAAGAUACAGAGUAUAGCCUCUUUUGAGCGUGGGCGUUUAGUCAGCGCCAUGGAAAGUGGUGUUGCUGCGCAGUUGCGCCAACGUUGGGUCGAGCAGCAGCCAUAGAAUUUACUAGACGCUAACGCUCAGCAGACGCUGGUUAUCUAUCUCUUAAACUUAAAGGACAAUUUCUUCUUCCAUUGACUGCACUCUCUUCUACACAGUUUACCGGAAAAUCAUUCGUUCAACCUCGUAAGGUCUGCCUUGUUGUAUAGUUCGUUUUUUUAGCAUUAGAAAGAACUUGAAAGAAGGUAAGCGAUUUUGAAAUGUCUUUUAAUAGAAAAACGCAUUUUAAAAAUCAGUAACUAUUACUUAUGCAAGCAGAAGAAUAUAAAUGAUCGUAUUAGAUUCAUAAUUGUUACAUAUUUGCCGUAACUUAUUUUUAAAAUGUGUUUUUCAAUUAAAAGACACAUCAAGAUUGUUUACCUUAUUUCUAAUGCUAAAAAAAACGAACUAUAGUUGAAAACAAUCUUGACAUGAUUGAUACUUUAGCUAUGCCAAUAAGAGAGUGCUGCCCCCUACAGUUCAUGCAACCUUAACUUGACACUGUAUAAAUUGGGAGCUUAGCACAGGAGUGCCGCGACCGUAUCUCGCCCGCGAGAUAGACUACCUGUCCCGCUCUAGUUAAUACGAUUGGAAAAAGAGUCCAACGCUCCUGUGCUGCCCCCUACAAGUCCUAUAAAAGACACGUUCGUACGUAUCCGUCAAAAUACGAUGGAAAAUAAAUAUGCACUGCAACGCAUUUAUAUUAUAGUAGGGAAAAAGGGGUAACUGUUUG